UUCAGUGCAAUGCCGCUAAUUGAGUGUCUGCCGGUUGAGUUGAUGUGCUGUAUAUUUGACAAGUUUACCGGUUUGGAGCGAAAACCACUGCAUUUAGUUAGCCGCAACUGGUAUCGAAUUUUGACGCGAAAACAAUAUUUGCUGAGGCGUCAGUUAAAAGUGCACCCUCAAAAUGUGGAACUGUUUGAUUCUGGAAGUGAAGAGUGGAAUAAAUUUCCCUGUGUCAGUAUCCGUGAUGACGAUUCUAGUCCCAAAUCGACCCGAAGGAAAAACUUUCUGAGUACACUUCGCCGAACAGUGCUGUUCGAAACUGUUUUAAGCCAUAUCGAAGAACUGUCAUUAGAAAGUGUUCAAAGUGACCUCUUGCGGGAGUUGUUCGGUGAAACGUGCGACGAGCUGCGGUUUCCAAAUUUGAAUUAUUUAAUCGUUAGUUGUUUCGAGUUUGGCUGUCUGUCGGAGAUUCGAACGUGGCACUUUCCGAGUUGUUUGACCCGGCUAGGGUUGGUGGUCAGUUGUCGGGACGAAGUUCGGUUGAUUGAAGCCGUUGGCUCGCAGCUUGAAGAGCUACUCGUCGAAACAAUUAAGCUAGAUCUCCUGCUACAGUGCUGCAAUUUACCAAAUCUGAACAAACUUCGAACUUUGAAACUGAAAUCGGAUACUUUUUUCCCGGAUCGAUUUUCUAGCUCUAGUGAUAUUGGCGAAAAUUUUGUUCGAAUGUUGAAAAAUUUGAAAAACCUAGCCAUCGGUUUCCGGCACAACGACUUCCGGCAUGGAUAUGCGCCACUGUUGCAGAACUGUCAGCAGCUGGAAACGCUGUCCAUACUGGGAAUGGAUUUGGAUGUUGCAGCGUGCAAUGCGAUUGGACAGCUUCGUGGAUUGAAGAAAUUGGAACUUUUGCUUCGUAUCGAAAAGAACGAUGAGUUGGUCGCAUGGAAUUUUCAGAAUUUAACAAAGCUGCACACUUACGUAUGGAACCUAGCCCCACUGGGAGAUGACUUGCCAUCGCUCGAAGUGAUCCGAAUUUCCAACUACACUAUCCGGGAAGGACGGUUUAGUGUAGAGCCGGUCGAGAAAAUUUAUCUCCAGCGAUAUUUCUCUCACUUCCAAACGAUUGUGAAACUGUUCCUGUACGAUAUUUAUCUGGACGAAAAUCUUCUGCUGCAAUUUCCAAAGAUGAAGGUUCGAGAGAUUGUUCUUCGCUGCGUGCGGACGAGCUCACUCAUCCUGGACAUUAUCUACGACCGAGCACCGGAGGUGUUUUACGUGUACUUUUGGGACUGCUGCUUUCUCGUCAGCCCCCGGGCCAAAAUUCCAUCCUUCGAAGAGUUGCGCCGUCUGCUGCCGCACGUCCGCAUCUCACAUUCCAGUAGCAAGAUCAUCGCCGCGGAUUACGGGGAGAUACUUUCUUGAUGAACAAAUAUAUUCCGUUCCCCCCGGCGGCUGACAGUAGCCGAAACCGAAGCCGGACCAGCAGCGGUGGGGAAUGGUUCGAGCGGAUGGGGGGUCGGUUCAU